UUUUUUAUUCAACCCUUUGAAGUAACAACACGUUUUCAGGGCAUGUAUUGUUUUCUUUAUGCCAAAGUGACCAAUUCGUUCAUGUGUUUCCAAAAUUACGUCCUUUUCUAGGGUGUGCGGUAUGACUAGAUGCCAAAAAUCGGAGUUUUUAUUGGCCUUAUAAAAUAAAUGGUCGUUGGAGACAGUGUAGCAUUGUAGAUACUGGUGUUCUUCUACUGGAGGGUUGGAUAGUUUGCGAAUGAGAUCUGCGAUUUUGUUGUCCAUUGAUUGUGCGCUUUUAAAUUUUUCAGGUGUGAGGAGUUCGGUGUGCAGGAGCGGCGAUAUAUUGAAGGGUAACGGCACUGGUUGAUCUUCGGCUACAUAGCAUCGGAAUGUCGUCUCGUUGGCAUAGGUGUCACUUCCUUCUCUGGACAAGAAAUCAGCGGUUUGAUUUCGUUUACCUGGCAGGCAAGUCGGGUGAACCUGAGAUUUCGGCCGUUGAAGAGGAAGGACAGGUAAUCCCGAGGUUCUUCUGCCACUUGUACCUGCCAGUAUCCGGCGCUGAGUUCGACGGUGGAGUAUAUGGUCUUGCCAUGGAACGUCUGCAACACCUGAUCGAUCUGGGCAGGAGCUUCACGGUCGUCAUCGAGAAUCAUGUUCAGCUGGCGGGCGUCAAGACAGAGUUGGGUGGAGCCGUCCUUCUUCGAAACGCAGGCAAUACCAGGAAGGAGUAUGGGAAGCACUUUCCUUCGACUUGGAUCUCCAGGAGGCAUUGUUUAGAUAUUCAGAGGCGACAUCCUGGCAUGACACCUGAUAGGAUGAUGUUCCAGUCUACGGUGGGAGCGGGUGUAUGGCUAAUGGUUAUCCGCUGGUUUUUUAUCCGAGCAACAGUAUGGGGAAUGGGAGUUCCUGUCUCUGGGGCGUCGUCGACCGGAUGCUCUUCUGAUAUUUCGUCCUCCGGCUCUUGGGUUGUCAACGGAUCUUCCACCAGAAUGCAGCUCUCCUCUACCUGCGUCGACGAUAAAUCAUCCAGUAUAUUGGGAUGGAAAUCGGCGGAUGCGGUGCCAGAUGCGGGUGGCGGUGAACAAUCGGGUGAAGUGUCCUCGGGGUCCGACAGACUGGGAUUGACCGGGUCGUUUCCUGCCAUGGUUUGCGGAAAAAAAACGCGACGAAACUGUGCGGUGAAUAAACGUGGAAGUGUGGAUGUGAUAUAUAAAAUAAUUAAUAAGAAAUCCAAUUGAAAUUGUUAUAGCUUUGCGGUGGAUGAAAUACAGAAAAAGUGAUUAAGCAAUGUGUUCAAUGAUGAAGUGAAUCAAAUUAGCAAUAUCGUUAACAUAAAAUGAUAAUAACAUAAAGGAUACACAAUGGAUAAUGACAUAACGAAGGUACGCCUCUUAUAAAUUAUUAUUAUUAUCAUUAUAAAUAUUUUACUCUUAUAAGUUCUUGCCGCAAUUCUAUAUAGGGCUAUUAUUCUUCGCAAAAUUUUAUAUGAAAGCAGCAGUGUUCU